AUGAAUCACGAUCCGUAUCAGUGGGGUAGACCUUCGAAUGAAACCUAUGGUCCUUACAACCAUAGAAUUGCCCAGGCAAACAACGCCGAAUUCACCGACUAUACCAACCAGUCGCUCCAUCAAUUCCCCAAGAUGAACACUCAACAACCUAUAAUCACCGGUACUUCGGUGAUAGCUUCGAAGUUUGCCAAUGGGAUAAUAAUGGCCGCUGAUCACGUGGGCUCAUAUGGCUCACUUUUGCGUUUCAACAAUCUUGAGCGGUUGAUUAAGGUUGGCCUGGAGACCAUUGUCGGCAUUUCAGGUGAUAUAUCGGAUUUGCAGUAUAUUGAACGUCUACUUGACGAGCUAGAGAUUGAAGAGGAAGUGUACGAUACCGAGGAAGGGGAUUUCUUGAGGGCUCCAAAUGUUCACGAAUAUUUGUCGCGUGUGAUGUACAAUAGAAGAUCCAAGAUGAACCCCUUGUGGAAUAGCAUUGUUGUUGGGGGUUUCGAUAAGGAAAAGAAGCCGUUUUUGAAAUACGUUGAUUUGUUGGGGGUGACGUACCAUGCGUCAACUAUAGCCACCGGGUUUGGAUCACAUUUGGCCAUCCCCUUGUUGAGGAAUAUGAUACCAGAGGAUAAAGAUUAUGUGAAGGUUGAAGAAACCGAAGCUAAAAAAGUGGUGGAUGAUUGCAUGAGGGUGUUGUUUUAUAGAGACGCUAGAUCCGGUGACUCUUUUUCAAGAGUGAUUAUUAAAUUAAAUGAGGAGACGAACAAAUUGGAGUUUGCAUUUGACAAGGAUGUCAAAGUUGAGAACCAGAGUUGGAGAUUCGCCAAGGAUAUAAGAGGAUACGCAAGUAAGCAACAGUGA